UAAAAGGUAAAUAUUGUCUUUUUUUUAACGAGGGGUGGACGUCACCCUUUUUUAAAGUGCUGGGAUAUGUUCACGGAGUCCAAUGCUAAUGCUAACGGGCAAACAAUUCUACUUCCGGUCCGUGCGGCCGCACAACAAAGACCUCACAGAGAAGUCGCGUAAUAAGUAAAGAGAUCCUCCAGCACGCCUGGCUCCGCCUCCACCCGGCCGGCUUCGUUCCAGCAGUGGCGGCUAACGUAGAGGCUCCUCCUCGUCUCCCACUUCAAAAAGACAUUCCCACUCCCCGCAAAACUCGCCGGUCGUCCUCGCACUCGCUGUCCGUGGAAAGAGCCACACGGAGGAGGAGAAGUUGGACCACCGUCACCACCACUACGACUCACCACCGGACCGCCAUCCCCGCCCUUCCUCUCCUCUCUUCCCAGGCUACAACCCACAUUUUGGGUUCAAUUUUUCAUCCCCCCUUCUGGACAAAAAGGACCGUCAUCCACGCCGCAUCAUGACCCGCAGGUCGUGUGCCAUUUACGCCACCGGCAUCGUGUGCGCCCACCUCCUCAUCGUGGGGAUCGCCCUGGUGGUGGCUCAAGUCUUCCAAACCACCAUUCACAACCGCUUGAAAAAGGAAAUCACUCUGACCGAGAAAAGCCAAAUGUUUGAGUCGUGGAAGAAUCCUCCUCCACCUGUUUACAUGGAGUACUACUUUUUCAACGUGACCAACCCUCAAGUGUUCUUAGCGGGCGGCAAGGCGGCCCUCCAGCAGAUCGGACCCUACACCUACAGAGAGUACAGGCCGAGGGAAAACGUCACUUUCCUGGAGAACGGCACCAAAGUUUACGCCCUGAACCCCAAAACGUUUGUCUUCGUGCCAGAGAAGUCAGUCGGCAACCCAGAGGUGGACAUCCUCAGGACCAUCAACAUCCCGUUAGUGGUCGUCAUGAACGAGCUGAGCUCCUACUCAUUUUUCCUGCGCACCUUCAUCUCCAUGUACAUCAAAGGUCUGGGCGCCGAGCUGUUUACCACGCGCACCGUGCACGAGUACCUGUGGGGCUUCAAGGACCCCAUCCUCACCAAGAUCCACUCCCUCCGACCGGAGGUGGACGAAUACUUCGGGCUGAUGUGGAAGAAAAACGGAACCCAUGAAGGGGAGUUUGUGUUCAACACCGGCGAGCAGGACUACUUGGAAUACGGCAAGAUCGACACGUGGAACGGCCUCCGGGAGAUGACGUUUUGGUCCUCCAAUCAGAGCAACAUGAUCAACGGCACGGACGGCGCCGUCUUCCACCCCCUCAUAAACAGGAACGAGCUUCUGUACAUCUUUGCCGCCGAUCUCUGCAGGUCCAUCCAUUUGGCGUACGUGAAAGACGUGGAGGUGAAGGGCAUCCAGGCGUACCGCUUCGCGCCCCCUGAGGACGUGCUCAUGAGCCCUGACAACAACCCUGCCAACGAGGGCUUUUGCGUGCCAGCCGGAGAAUGUCUCGGCACCGGCGUGCUGAAAGUCAGCGUUUGUCGGCAAGGCGCUCCCAUCGUGGUGUCUUUCCCGCACUUCUACCAGGCCGACCCCAAGUACAUCAACGCCGUCGAAGGGCUCAGUCCCAACAAGGAGGAACACGAGACUUACCUGGAUCUGCAACCGACCACCGGUGUUCCCAUUCGCGCUUGCAAGCGAGCUCAGCUCAAUGUCAUCGUGAAAAGAGUGACGGGAUUCCCUGAAACCAAGAUGAUCAAUGAGACCAUUUUCCCCAUCAUGUACGUGAACGAGACGGCGACGGUGGACGACGACUCAGCGGCUCAGAUGAGAACGCUGCUCUUAAUCGUCACCCUGGUGUCCAACUUCCCCUUGCUCAUCGUAGGCUUGGGCAUCAUCCUGCUGCUCGUGCUGGUCGUCUUAUUCUGCCGAAACCGCCAGAAGAAGAACGAAGUAAAACGUAUUGAUUUUACUGAGGCUUUUCAUUCUUUUGCUACGGCCAAAGACGAGACGGCUUACACGCAAGUCAGCGACAAGACGGACGAGUCGCCGGACGCGCCGGCCAGCCAGCCUAUAAGGAACGGCUCGUACAUCGCCAUGUCUCCAGUGGAGGCCCAGAAGUGUUGAUACAGGAUGCUUGCCAACAACCACCCCACGCCCCAAACCCCUCACCCCAAGCCUGGCACAUGGGAAGGGGGCUCGAGGGAUCAGUGCACAGCAGGGGGGGGUCAACAAAAGACAGCGCUCCUCUCCCUGAGCCCUCCUAGGACGGUUUAUUGCGUCAUCACCUCCGACUUGACUCGCCUUCCUCCCCCUCCUCCUCCUCCUCGUCCUCUCUUGGUUGACUCCAAAGAUGAAGGACUCGACCAGGACAAGCCUUUUUUUGUACCCCCUAAAAGGUAGCAUAGGUGUCUCCAUUCCUACACGGACGCAUUCUUUGGCCGGCAAAACUUAUUAGGAACCACUGAGCCAAACCUUGUUUCCUACACACACAAACUGUGUGUGUUUAAUCCAACACUAGACGCAUUUCAGAGUCCCCCUGGCUGUGAAAGCAGUCCCCCCCCCCCCCCCACCUGUAGCCCGAUGCACCUUUUUGUAAGCGCCACAAGAACUAAGAAGGGAGACCUGCUUCCUGCCUUACCACCAUGAUAUCUCAUGACACUAACGUCGCACGCCAACACUGUUACUCAAGCACAAGAUGGACUCCCGGCAGUCCUCCGUCGAAGCUACCAGGUCGUCUCCUUUUUUUUUUUCCUACCUUGGAUGAGUCCAAGACGCUGUGGAGCGCCACCCGGUGUUACUGUGCAGCACUUGAAUCACUCUUCGUGUCUUACACUGCACGGCGCCCCGCGUCACGCUUAAGACCGUACCGCCAAAAAAAAAAACGAAACGACAAACAUCCCCGCACUUUUUGCCUGGAAAAUGUGCCCUGUUGUAUUUUUAUUUUUUUGUCACGUCAACUUUGUGGUCCACGCGUUCAAAACAUUUCAGUGUCUUCUUUUUCAUGUUUGUUAUUGCUGCUAGUGUGGCCAUAACCUGUGGGAGUGGGGUUUGUGUGGAAGGGGUCACACCAGUCUUAAGUCCGUCAUUUCAUCGCAACGUUUUUUUUCACGACUUUUGUGUAGGCGGGCUAACACGUCAGUCUUAAGAUUUUGUGCCACGGGUCAGUUUAAACUCUUACUUCACAAAGGGCCUUUUUGUUCACUCUUUCUCACCAGUAGAGGUUCAGUUCGCACUACUCGUUCGGUAAAUUUCCAGUUUUGUUACCUUUUUCCGAUCGCACGUUUUCAUCGUUACGCAGGAGUGACGAUUCGGUCGACCAUUUCAAGUUAAACCAAGAUGGCCAGUUUGAUUAAUUCUGGCGAGACCUGACUGCUGCCAAUUCAUCUCAUCGCAAUGCGAUAUUUUUAAGAGGUGCUUUUUUUUCCGUCAAAACCAAUUCAAGAGCAUAACAUGUUGUUCCCAUUCCGAUCUGUGUCGAUCCUACAAAAUCGAGCUAAAUCCUCCGACUGGAAAGUUCUCAGCUCUUUUGACGAAUUUUCCAGUUUUGCUACCUUUUCCGAUCGCACAUUUUCAUCGUUACAGAGGAGUGACGAUUCGGUCGACCAUUUCAAGUUAAACAAACUGGUUCUGUCAAGUUAGAUCCUUUAACUCGCACCCGACAGAAACGGCAAAAUAUACGUACUCCACAGAACUGUACCGAACCACUUGUGAUCACGAGGAUUUUAAGUCUAGUUUCCACCAAGGAGCUCAAGUUAAUUCGCACAAGUUCCUCUUUGUAAUCUACAAUAUUUUUGGAUGUCUUGCAGAAAAGUUGAAAAAAUUGUCUUGCUCUGAUCGUGAAAUUUCAUCGUAACAAGUGUGUCGACCAAUGACAGUGCAAGCAUGUCUAGCUCCGCCCCAAACAACUUCGGAUCAGACCUAACAGUAACCGCAAAAUAUACGUACUGUACUGUACCGAACGUUUCCACCGAGAAGGUCGGAUCGGUUAGGUCCAAUCAGACUUUUCCACCCUCCGAACAGAAAAGUGACCAUUCUGUCAACCGAUCCGAGGACCCCAGUUAAGUCCGUCUUUGCCUCAACAGAAGGUUACUGCAAAAUGGGUAGAAAAAUAUCGGACGUUUUUUUACCAAGAUGGCCAGUUUGAUUAAUUCUGGCGAGACACGACUGCUGCAAAUUCAUCUCAUCGCAAUGCAAUAUUUUUAAGUGGUGCUUUUUUUCGUCAAAACCAAUUAAAGAGCAUAACAUGUUGUUCCCAUUCCGAUCAUUACAGAAGCAACGGUUGUGUCGAUCCUACAAAAUCGAGCUAAAUCCUCCGACUGGAAAGUUCUCAGCCUUUAUGACUGAACCCAAGCUCUUUUGAUGAAUUUUCCAGUUUUGCUACCUUUUCCGAUCGCACAUUUUCAUCGUUACAGAGGAGUGACGAUUCGGUCGACCAUUUCAAGUUAAACAAAACGGUUCUGUCAAGUUAGAUCUUUCAACUCGCACCCGACAGAAACGGCAAAAUAUACGUACUCCGAAGAACUGUACCGAACCACUUGUGUUCACGAGGAUUUUAAGUCUAGUUUCCACCAAGGAGCUCAAGUUAAUUCGCACAAGUUCCUCUUUGUAAUCUACAAUAUUUUUGGAUGUCUUGCAGAAAAGUUGAAAAAAUUGUCUUGCUCUGAUCGUGAAAUUUCAUCGUAACAAGUGUGUCGACCAAUGACAGUGCGAGCCCCAACCAACUUCGGAUCAGACCUAACAGAAACCGCAAAAUAUACAUACUGUACUGCAACGAAUGUUUCCACCAAGUAGGUCGGAUAGGUUUGUUCCGAUCAGAAUUUUUUGUCGUAAUGCAGGAGUGACGAUUCUGUCAAGUUAGAUCUUUCAACUCGCACCCGACAAACGGCAAAAUAUACAUACUCCAAAGAACUGUACCGAACCACUUGUGAUCACGAGGAUUUUAAGUCUAGUUUCCACCAAGGAGCUCAAGUUAAUUCGCACAAGUUCCUCUUUGUAAUCUACAAUAUUUUUGGAUGUCUUGCAGAAAAUUGGAAAAAACCGUCUUGCUCUGAUCGUGAAAUUUCAUCGUAACAAGUGUGUCGACCAAUGACAGUGUAAGCGUCCAACAGCAACCAACUUCGGAUCAGACCUAACAGAAACCGCAAAAUAUACAUACUGUACUGUAACGAAUGUUUCCACCAAGUAGGUCGGAUCGGUUAGUUCCGAUCAGAAUUUUUUGUCUUAAUGCAGGAGUGACGAUUCUGUCAAGUUAGAUCCUUCAAAUCGCACCCGACAGAAACGGCAAAAUAUACGUACUCCAAAGAACUGUACCGAACCACUCUGUGGACACAAGGGUUAUAAGAUUCGCACAAAUUCCUCUCUGUUUGUAAUCUACAAUAUUUUUGGAUGUCUCGCAGAAAAGUUGAAAAAAAUUGUCUCGUUCCUAUCGUGAAAUUUCAUCAUAACAAUUCUGUCGACCAAUGACUGUGCAAGUGUGUCUAGUUCCGCCCCAACCAACUUCGGAUCAGACCUAACAGAAACCGCAAAAUAUACGUACUGUACUGCAGCGAACGUUUCCACCGAGAAGGUCGGAUUGGUUAGUUCGGAUCAGACUUUUCCACCGUCCAAACAGAAAAGUGACCAUUCUGUCAACCGAUCCGAGGACCCCAGUUAGUUCGUCUUUGCCUCAACAGAAGGUUACUGCAAAAUGGGAAACUUUGAAUAGACUUGUUGCCACAAAUGGUAGAAAAAUACCGGACGUUUUUUACCAAGAUGGCCAGUUAGUUCAGAUCAGAAUUUUCCGUAGUAACGCAGGACUGAAGAUUCUGUUGACCGAUUAAAGUUAGAUCCUGCAAAUCGCACCCGGCAGAAACGGCAAAAUAUACGUACUCCACAAAACUGUACCAAACCACUUGGUGGACGCGAGGAUUUUAAGUUCUAAGAUUCGCGCAAAGUUGAAAAAAAUGGUCUUGUUCCAAUCGUGGAAUUUCAUCGUAACAAUUCUGUCGACCAAUGACGGAGCAAGUGUGUCUAGCUCCGCCCCAACCAAAACAGUACUGUAGAGUGCGAUGCUUCAGAUCGGACCUAACAGAAACCGCAAAAGACACGUACUGUACUGUACCGAACGUUUCCACCAAGUCGGUCGGAUCGGUUCGUUCCGAUCAGACUUUCCAUCGUAACACAGGAGUGACGAUUCUGUGGACCGACGAAAGAACAGAUGUCCAUCUCGCUCCGCCCCAGCCAAAGAGUAAAAGUGGGACCCUUCGGAUCAGAAGUACCGAAAGUUUCAUGUUGGAUCGGUUAGUUCCGAUCAAAAUGUUCCAUCAUGACACAGGAGAGACGGUUCUGUCGACCGCAGUUUCAGUUGAUCUCCAGCAGGAUACUUCCAAUUGGACUCUUUGCGGGAAAUGGAUUUGCAGCGGAUCGGUUAUACCUGAUCAGAUUGAACAAGCGACACAAAUUCAUCUUGCUGUCACUUUUACCGAUCUAUUUCAACCCCUUUGUUGGAUUUCUCUACCAAGACCAUCGUAACAACUCACAUAUUCCGAUCAAACAUUCCAUCCGAACACAAAAGUGACGACUCUGUCAACCGACCCGAGGACCCCAGUUAGUCCGUCUUUGCCUCACCAGAAGUUUACUGCAAAGUGGGAAACUUUGAACAGACUUCUUGCCACAAACGGUAGAAAAACAACGGACGUUUUUUUUACCAAGAUCAUCUCAUCGUAAUGCACGAUAUUUUUAAGUGGUCAAAAACAAUUAAACAGCGUAUCAUGUUCCCAUUUUGAUCGUUACAGAAGCAACGGUUCUACCAAAUCGAGCUAAAAUCCUCCGACUGGAAAGUUCUGAACCCGACCUCUUUUGGUGAACUUAUUUAUUUUAUUUUUUUUUGUGUACUUUUUUUUUGACACGAGACCUUAAUCCCGAUCACCUGUUCACACCUGAGCCAUCGCUUCUCCGUUUUGGAAGACUGAGCCCGCAUUCGCUCAUUGGCUCGUGACCAAAGAUGACCUUUAGCUUCCGUGCCACAAACCGCUCCCGCCUAGCUUUCCCUUCAAGACAAAAAAAACAAAACGUGUCACUGUUAAAGUAUUUUGCUGCGUGGACACUUUUGUGUGUGUGUGUGUGUGUGUGUGUGUACGAGAAUGUGUGUGUGUGUGUGUUAUGUGCCUUCUUGACAUCAAGGCCGAAAGAACACUGGCUAGUUUUUGCCUCUAAGUCUCAGUAUUAUGUAAAAUAAAAGCAAUACAAACUUGUAAAAAAAAAAAAA